AUGAGUGCCGCCAUCGCAAUUGGAGGCACCCUAGGAGGAUGUAUGACAUGUAUGGUUGUAGUAGAGUCAUUGGCAAAGUAAGUUCUAACUUUUAGUAUGUAUAUUUGUGUUUAGAAGCCACACUCACGCCAUGAACUUGAUGACCUUUUCCAACUUCUUGUUCAUCUCUCUUCAGGGUCUCAUCUUUACCUCAAGGUUCUUGUCCGUGCCUAACAAAAUACCUCUCAGAGCUUAUAUCCCAGUAGUCGUGACGUUCUGUUUUGUAAAUAUUAUCAACAACCUGGCCUUGAGUUACAGAGUGCCAGUUCCCUUGCACAUCAUUUUCAGAUCGGUAAGCGGGGUUGAAGUUUUUAUAUUUUCAGAUAAUCAGAUUUUAAAUGUGUUAGUACAUGUGAUCAUAUGUUAUGUUGUUUAGGGUUCCCUACUGUCCAGUUUGGUCAUGAACAGGUUAUUGUUGGGGCGUCAGUAUACGACCAAAAAGUAUUUGUCAGUUGUUGCUAUUACUAUCGGCAUCAUAAUGUGCACAUUGGCUGAACAGGUAAGUAACAUACUGAGUUUUACACAUGUUUCAAUAUUACGUUAUAACUGAUGAAAAAGUCAUGUCGAAUCUUUCAGGGCACCCAAAAGAGUACCAGUUUGUCCAUUGAAGAAGCCGAGAAGCAUUUGAAGGACUGGUCGAUCGGAAUAACCAUGCUAACUAUUGCCUUGAUCGCCUCGUCGUAUCUCGCCAUUUGUCAGGAGAAGAUGUACACAACGCACGGCAAACAUCCAGACGAAGCCAUGUUCUACGUUCACGCUUUGUCGUUACCGUUUUUCGCUUUCUUUGGCCGAGACAUUGUCAGUUGUGCCCAAGAGUUCAACCAGGAGCCGGCUCUGGAGUUGUUUGGGUACAACUUGGUGUUCUCUCAAGCAUGGUGGAUGGUGUUGGCUACUUCUAUCUUCCAGUAAGCUGAUUUUGCUGAAUUUCUUAUGGUAAACAGUUUUUAUUUUUAAAAUCAUUCGUUUGAACAAACAUGUCAUGAAAUGUAACUUUUAGGUACUUCUGUAUCAAAUUCGUGUAUAUGGCCAACGCUUACAUGGACUCUCUGUCCGUCACUCUCCUGGUAACUCUCCGCAAAUUCUUGUCAUUACUGGUAUCAAUCAUAUACUUCAAUAACGUGUUCACGGCUACCCAUUGGGCUGGGGCCAUUCUUGUGUUUGGUGGAACUCUCGUAUUCAGUAACGUGAUUCUACGCUCGUAA